AUGGCAACAUCUUCAACAACUCGCACCGGCACGUCGCGUCGCCGCGUGAAAGUGAAAUCCGAAUCAAUUUCCAACUUGAAUGGCCACGCAAAUGGCACAUUUACAGUCCGCGCAUCAGCACCACACGCUCCUUCCCAAAAACCAAGACGUUGGCCACUCCCAUUCCUCCUUCUCCUAACCUCUCUAUCUCUAUACGCGAUCAACCCGACCGAAGAUAGCAUUCUCCACCAUUUCAUCUUCCUCUCCUACAAAGAACCAAAUGCCAACCCCAAACUCGCUAUCCAAUAUGGAAAAGGUCUCUGGGACAUCGCCUUCGUCUCAUUCUACACCCUGGUGCUCUUCACAGCUCAAGAAUUCAUAAUGCAUGAACUCCUCUCCCCACUCGCCCGCUUCUGUGGUAUAAAAUCACUCCGGAAACAAGCCCGCUUCAUGGAACAGGUUUACUCAGUCUUGUACUUUGGGUGUACUGGUGUAGCUGGAUUAUAUGUUAUGCGUCAAACACCAGUGUGGUACUUUAAUACCACGGGAAUGUAUGAAGCAUUCCCUCAUCGAACUCAUGAAGCUGCGUUUAAGUUUUAUUAUCUUUUCGAAGCGGCGUACUGGGCUCAACAGGCUGUGGUUAUGUUACUUGGUCUUGAGGCUAGGCGAAAGGAUUUUAAGGAACUUGUUGCUCAUCAUAUCGUUACUUUGGCACUUAUUGGUCUGAGUUAUCGGUUUCAUUUUACUUAUAUUGGUAUUGCUAUUUAUACUACUCACGAUAUUAGUGAUUUUUUCUUAUCGCUCUCGAAAUCUUUCCAUUACACUGGCUCGGAUCUUGUUAUCCCUUUUUACGCUGUCAAUGUGGUCGCUUGGAUUUAUCUCCGCCAUUACCAGAACCUCCGCGUUCUUUAUUCCUUACUCACGGAGUUCAGGACUGUUGGUCCCUAUGAACUCAAUUGGGAGACGCAGCAGUAUAAGUGCUGGAUCUCCAAUAUCAUUACUUUCACUCUCCUGGCUAUGUUGCAGGCUUUGAAUCUCUUUUGGUUGUAUUGUCUUGGACGCAGCGCUUGGAAGCUUUUGGCGUAUGGGGAGAAGAAGGAUGAUCGGUCGGAUGAUUCGGGAGAUGAGGGUGCCCAUGCGAAUGGGAAUGCGAAAAAGUGA